UACAUCAGUGUCUGCUUCAUUGAAUGAGGUUUAACAGAAAAGUCGCGUCUGUUUUGGUCCCAAAAAUAAUAAAAAAAACACUACGCAAACGUUUAACUGUAUAUAAGAAACACAUUUGCCCAAAACUGCAGUUUAACGGCGACGAGCUGGCGCAGGUUGUGGGGUGCCCGUGGACCAUGAGGGACAGUGGUAGCAGUCUAGCACAGAACCGUUGGCAGGGGCAGCUGGGCCUAGCUGUGGGCCAGGAGGACAGUGGGGAUGGAGGUGGUGAUGUAGCAAUCUCCGGGGGUCACCUGGAGAUGGACCCCACCUCAACCCACCAGAUUCCCAGCCCCAUGCCCCUAAAGCUGGGCCAGAAGGAAAGGGUGGCCUGGGAGGCCGAGGAGAUGGAGGGGGAAAACGAUGAGGAAGAUUUUGAAGGUGAGGGCUGGGAUGAGGAGGAGGAGGAGGAAGAACAGAAGGCUGAGGAGGAAGGAGAGGAGGCUGAGGUCGUAUGGGAGGUCCCACACAUGGUCCCCACCACAUACCUACAAGAGCAGAAUCAUCAUCACCAGCUGCAAUCACCACUGGAUGACCAUGACAACAACCAGGCCGAACCUGAAGCCAGGGACUUUCCCAGCGUCCCUAUCCCGUCCAGGCUCAACGGGUUCAGGCAGCGCAGGCUGAGGCGCUGGAGGAAGCUCCACUCCCAUGAAGGUCUACGGCUCCGUCUCACCCAGCAUUGGAAGACCUGGCGUCACCGGGCACAGUGGGUGGGCACCCUGGGGCACAGGAGGGCGAGGAGUUGGCGUCGGUAUAGUUUGUAUUCCAACCGCCAGGGGAGGGGAGUGGACCCGGGUCUGAGCAGCCCACUGUCAGAUGAUGAGAGGCUCGGUGGGUCUGAAAGAGACAACAGGUUGAAUGGUUACUCAGGAGACUACCAGUCCAGUCAGAUGGGUGGUCUGGUGGAAAGCGGAAGAAGGGGACCAGAGGCCUCAUCGUACUCCAUCGUCAGAGAGAAACCUGUGGAAGUCACUCUCACUGAGGAACACAUGAGCUGUGUGCAUGGGAUCCUGGAUGACUCCCUCCAGAAGUACGGCAGUCUGAUCCCCAUCCACGCUGACGACGUGGUGGAGAAAUUAAAAGACAUCUUCAACGACAACUUCUCACAGCCUCACAGGAAAGUAGUGGUCCAACAUCUAAUCCAGUCCUACCAGAGGUCGUCUGGCACGGCCAUGGUGCGAGGGUUCCGUGUCAACUACAAGCGUCAUGUCCUUACCAUGGAUGACUUAAGCACGUUGUAUGGACAGAAUUGGCUCAAUGACCAAGUCAUGAACAUGUAUGGUGACCUUGUGAUGGACUCGGUGUCCGAGAAGGUUCACUUCUUCAACAGUUUCUUCUACGACAAGUUGAGGACGAAAGGCUACGAUGGAGUCAAACGAUGGACAAAGAAUGUGGACAUCUUCAAGAAGGAUCUCCUCCUGAUCCCCAUCCACCUGGAGGUCCACUGGUCCCUGGUCAGCGUAGACAUCCCCCGUAGGGCAAUCACCUACUUUGACUCCCAACGCACUCUCAACCGACGCUGCCCAAAGCAUAUUGCAAAGUAUCUGCAGGCGGAGGCUGUCAAGAAAGACCAGAGAGAUUUCCUUACAGGAUGGAAAGGCUAUUUCAAAAUGAAUGUGGGCCGUCAGAACAAUGACAGUGACUGUGGGGCGUUUGUUCUUCAGUACUGCAAGACUCUAGCCCUGGGUCAGCCGUUCAGCUUCGGCCAGCAGGACAUGCCCAAACUGAGGAGACUCAUGUACAAAGAACUCUGUCACUGCAAGCUCUCGCUGUGACACCACGCCCUUUGAGGAUUUUUAACAAAGAAGUGGGGGAUUCUGAGGAAGCGAGGGAUGGUUAUAAUGACCUAUUCCAAACGAGCUAGUGACUGAAAGAAAGGAAACAAGAACUUUUCAAAGGAAAAAAAAAUUCUCCCCUUGACGACAUUGAUAUCGAGACUUUACAACUACAAGUGGACCUUUUCUUUUCAUCCCUUUAUCUGUCCCCUCUUUUUAUUUUAUUUUCAUGACCCUUGUUUUUAUUUAAUUUUGAUGUUUGUUUCCUUGUGAUUGACAGAGGCCAAGUCUUCGACUAUAUCCCAAAAGGCACACUAUUUCCAUAUGUAGUGCACUACUUUUGAUCAUGGGCCCUGGACAAAUGCAGUACACUAUAUAGGUAAUAGGGUUCUAUUUCGGAUGCAAACCAAGUCUACUAUACUCUGGUGGUGAAAUGGUGCAUUUGAAUAGAAAUACACUUUUCUCUUUCUCCCAAUGGACUUAUCACCUUACCGGUGCAGGAACCCCCCAAACGGACAAGCGUCGAUUGGAGGGGGGAAAGUGGGUAUUCUAUCUUCACUUAUGUUCAGUUUUUUUUUUUGUCUUUAUCAGUAAAAAAACAUGUUGCUAUGCUUAUUGUUCAUGGUGUUUUUUGGAGGGCAGUGAUGUUUUUUAUUUUGAUUUAAAAUAAAAACAAAAUCUUACUAAGUCCUGUUUGAGUCAUUGGUUGGACCAUGUCAGCUAUAAACAACCAUGAUUCCCAAAUGGCACUCUAUGCCCUUUAUAGUACACUACUUUGACCAUAAGGUUCUGGUCAAAAGUGCACUAUAUAAGGAAUGGGGUGUCAUUUGGCACGUAUUUGUGGUAUUACAUUUCCCCCUCCUUUAACUAAAAGCGACAUUGUUGAUGGGUAUGUUUUUGUUUUUAUAUUGUUUUUUGAGCAGAAGUUUGGAACAUAAUUGAUUGUUUUUAUACCUUUUUUAAAAAGCAUUUAUGGUUGAUCAGAAUAAACAAGUACAUGGCAAGGAACAGAAAUMAAAGUUGAAUUUCUUUUA